AUGUUGCAUCUCCUACUUCCGUUGUUGCUCUUGAUCUCUAACGUUGGACGAUCACAAUCAUCCAUCAUUGAGAACCUACCGGGUUUCCCCGGAGAUCUUCCCUUCAAACUCGAAACUGGAUACGUAGGCGUAGGAGAGUUGGAGGAAGUGCAGCUAUUUUACUACUUCAUUGAGUCUGAAAGGAGCCCCAAGGACGACCCUUUGUUGCUUUGGCUCGCCGGCGGUCCGGGUUGCUCCUCUUUGUCGGCCCUCUUCUUCGAAAUAGGUCCUUUGCAGUUUGAUUAUUCAAAUUCCAGCGGAAGUAGGCCAGUGUUGAAGCUAAAUCCCUAUACCUGGACAAAGAUCGCAAACAUAAUAUUUUUGGAUGCACCUGUGGGUACGGGAUUUUCAUACGCAAGGACAUGGACAUCAUACAAUAGUAGUGACACUUUAUCGGCGGCACAAACAUAUGAGUUCUUAAGGAAGUGGCUUAUGGCUCAUCCCAAGUUCCUCGCUAAUCAGCUUUACAUCACCGGCGAUUCUUAUUCUGGUGUUGUUGUCCCCAUCAUUGUUAAAGAAAUAUACGACGGCAAUGAAGCUGGACGCGAGCCGCCAAUGAAUCUCAAAGGUUAUGUGCUAGGCAAUCCGGUGACUUGUGAUGUAAAGGACCUCAGUCAAAGAAUUCCAUACGGUCACAAGACGGCUCUCAUAUUAGAUGAACUUUAUGAGUCAACAAAAACGAAUUGCAAUGGCGAUUACGUGAAUGUAGAUCCUACCAAUGGAGCAUGUCUAACUGACCUUCAAAUGGUGUCAAUAUGCCUUGAGAAGAUAUAUUUCGCUCACAUAUUGGAACCGAUUUGUGAUUUCCUAUCUCCAAACCACACAAGGGUAAAAUGGAACAGAAGUAUACUCGAAGAGAAUAUCAUUGACGUUGUUUCGGUGCCUCAACAAUCCAAGCCAUGGUGUCGGAGUUAUAACUACUUAUACUCCUACAUUUGGGCCAAUGAUAGGAACGUCCGAGAAACCCUUCACGUACGAGAGGGCACAAAACCAGAGUGGAUUAGAUGCAACUUCUCUCUAUCUUACACAAAGGACGUUCUUAAUAGUGUAGUCUAUCAUAGAUACCUCUCUAGGGCAUCCCUUCGUGCCCUAAUUUACAGCGGUGAUCAUGACUUGGCUAUUCCGUAUGUGGGUACACUGGAUUGGAUAAGAUCACUUAAUUUGACUUUACUUGGUCAGUGGUCACCUUGGUUUGUCGAAGGUCAAGUAGCAGGAUACUCUAUAUCAUAUUCGGAGAAUAGAAAGUACGAAUUGACAUUUACAACAAUCAAGGGAGGGGGGCACACAGCUCCGGAGUUUAAACCCAAAGAAUGUCUUGCAAUGGUGGAUAGAUGGUUCUCUUAUUACCCGCUCUAGCUAAUUUUCAUUGGCCUUUGGGUUGAUUCUCGAACCAAAUCCAGAUUUGUCACUCAAUAAUAAUGUGGUCGAGUCCUUUCAU